UUGAGGCUUCUCUGAAGAUGCUGCUGUUGUGCUGCUUAAUGCUCCUGAUGUACUCAUAAGGUGGAUCAGGUGAUUGGCAUAGCACAAUGAUGUUAAAACUUGGAGUUUUUACUCUAUUCAAUUUAAAGAGUAAAACCAACUCAGAUUGGUUUUCUUUGGAAAAGCUAAAAAAUAAUAUUUGCGUUGUCUUUUUAAAAAAUACUCAAAAACAUUCUGCACACUGGCACUAUGCGUGUAUUGAAAAGAAUUGUGUAUAUGAUAAAAAUGCCCUUUAUUUCACUUUCUAAAGAAAAUCUGUUCUCUUUUUCCAAAAGCUUUCCCCACUGUACAGUGCUUAAAGAUGGUGCCUCUACUUACUUUCUUUAGUCACUUCUGGAUUGUUUGCAGUCUGAGGAAAGUUUGAUUCUUAUUGUGUUAUGGUGUUUCUGUGACCAUUUGCUGGUGUAAUGGUGUUGCUGACUUCCACUGUAGGUGCAGUCCUAUUUAGAAGUAAAUGUCCAUCUGCAGUGUUGUAUUUGCUGUGGCAGCUGUCACAGAACUAGUGACAAUUCAGUUGCCAGUUUCACUUUUUGUCCACCCACUCGCAGUAUUUGGAAGAUCUUCAAAUUUAAUCAGUACACAGGCUCCUCAAACAAAAGCUGUGAAAACAAACUGGGAAAUAAACGGUGGUUUUAUUCCUUCAAAAUGUCAGGAAUUCAAAGAAGCAGUCUAAACUUAUAUUGGGAAAUUUUUCUACUGACAUCUUUGUAUGCUGCUCUGUAUUGCAUUAUCUUCCUUUUAGUAGUUAAUAUAGUUGAUUUUUUUUCUUUAUAUAACUGGGGUUUUUUUUCCACUCUGUAUAAUCAUAGAAAGCAGAUAUUUCAGGAGUAUGUUAGUCACAAUAAAAAUUAUCUUCAUCCUCUCUUGUUCAGAUUGGGGUUUUGUCUUUGCAUAAUACACAUAUUUAGUUUUAGGUUAACAAAAAUGAAGUCAGCAGUUUUGACAGUGGGCUGCUCUGUAAGGCAUGAGCUGGACAGCAAUUCUGCCUGCUCGGUGUGGUUUGAAACCAGAGGCUCAGACCCUCAGCCAUGAGUAUGGAUAGUAUAUAUCGAGGUGAUAUAUAGUGAUGUGCCCAAAUUUCAUGUCAGAUGCUGUUGGUUUAUAUUCACUGCGUUCUUAACUCAUUAUUUCUGCACAGAGCAGUUUGAUUAGUGGUUGUAAACGUCAGCAGAGUCGCAAAUGUGUGCAAAUCAUUUACUAGAGUGGGCUUGUCCUUUUAAACUGCACUGGCCACAUCUGACAGUUUAUGAAAUGCUCCUUGUAUUAGCAGAAAUUCUCAGAUGCUAAAUCAAUUGUUCUGGGAAUAACAGUUGUACUACUUGAAUGUAAUUUUGUUGGGCAGAUGUUAUCAGGAAAAAUUUUAGUUUUGUUCUGAAAAAUAUUCUCUAAAAUAAAUACGGAGGGAUGUGCCCAUGGUCACGGAGGAAGUUUAUAGCUGAGUGCAGUGCUGAACUUAACAUCAGCCAAACCUUUUCUUAGGCCAUCCUUCCUGUUAGGGUUUUACAUUACUUAUGUUCUAGAGAUUAUAUCAGCUGUGUGGGUAUGUCACUUUUCAGUUGUUAAGUCCUUAAUUUUCAAUGCACAUUUUUGUUUAUAAACAGUAAGUAGUAAUUUCAUCAAAGUGUGGGGUUUUUUCUUUUGUUGUAGACUAUUGUUCUACACUGUUUUGUCCAAAGAACUCUGCAGGUCACUUGUUUUUCAGCACUAUGUGAUGCUGUAAAGACACAUUUGAGUUUCAUUCCUUGUAGCAUCCUUAGGUGUUGAAAUACUGGAAAGAAAUUCACUUUUUAUUAACUUUUCCCAAAUAAGUAGCUUUUCAAGUGCAAACACAAUAGAAUGUUAAAGCUUGAUCUCUUUCUUUAACUAAAGAUACUUGUGGUUUGAGUCUGCUGUGUUUUACAAGGGAGGGAUGACCAGGGAUGUGCACCUUUUCUCCUAAUAAAUUUUAAUAUUUUUCAGCAUUCCAGACUGUAGUUCUUGAUUGUUUGUGAGUGCUGUUAUGUGAGCACUGUAGCAGUACUGACAGAAGGUUCUGUAUUUUGCAAUGUUCAAAGAACAAAGAUGUUUGUUUGAUAAGUGGUGACGAUGUAUUCCUUCUAGGCUCAUCCUUUAGAUUUGCUCCAAUUUGCUGUUCUUGUCAGCAAAAUAAACAUUGUGACAAAGAUUUUUAGCUAUCAUGUUUCAUUCUUGAAUGUCCUUUGUUUGUAUGGAGGUUGGUUAUUUAUGGCUCUUGGCUGAAAAUAGUAGUCACAUUUUUAUUUUGUAAUAGAUCUGAAAGCAUGUGAGAUCAUGUUUUUUCUCCUGUUAAGUCAGGGUAAUUUCCUCUUAAUAACUUUGGGUCUCACAGGUGCAAAAUCACAGAUUGCAAUCCUCUUUUAAAACUGUUGAAAUUCAGGGAGAAAUCUUUCUGUAGAACAGAUUGAGUGAUGAUCUCAUUCUUUCUCAUCUCUGGGCACCGCUAAUAGAAAGAAUUGCUUUUUCUUACAAAACAUCUUACACAACAGUAUCUUUUUAUCAUGUACCUGCAGACUGCUAUUUUGGUGUGCCUGCCUGCCUUUUAUUGAGUGGCACCUGACUUUGUGUGCAAAGCUGCCUCUGUGUCUGAUAGGUGGCAACAGGGUGCUCUCAGUCAGCCCAGGAAAGCUAAAGAGACACCUCUCCUUGUGAUGGUCCUACAAGGAGCAUGGUGCAUUACAGUGUUUCUUCUUUCCUGAAGGUGCUACUGUGACAUUGUAUAAAUCAGGGCUUUAAUAAGAAAAACAAGGAAACUCCUUAUUCACAUGUUUCUUUAUUUUAUGCUUGAGGUUGGUUUAUAUGAUUCUUUUUAUCUUCUGUGGGCAUGAAUGCUGAAGUUGGGGAGGUCUGUAUUUUAUCCCCAGCUUCCACAUUACUGAGUACUUUGCCUCAUAUUCUUUUUUCAAGAAAACUUAUGUUUCGGGCCUUCAAGCAACAUUUUCUUUUGUAGAAAUCCAGUGUGAAAUUGCUGCAAAAGCAGAGAUGAUUAUACAAAGAGUAGUGCUGAAUUCACGGCCUGGUAAGAAUGGAGUGCCAGUGGCUGAAAACUUCCGGCUGGAGCAAAGUACAAUAUCAGACACAGUCCAAGCGGGACAAGUGCGUGUUAAAACUCUCUAUCUCUCAGUGGACCCCUACAUGCGCUGCCGAAUGAAUGAGGAUACGGGCUCGGAUUACCUGCGGCCCUGGCAGCUGUCUGAAGUUGCUGACGGUGGGGGCAUCGGGGUAGUGGAGGAGAGCCAGCACCAUAACCUGGCUAAAGGAGACUUUGUAACUUCCUUCACUUGGCCCUGGCAGACAGUGGCAGUUCUUGAUGGAGACUCGCUACAAAAGCUGGUGCCACAGCUUGUAAAUGGACGCCUUUCCUACUUUCUGGGUGCAGCUGGCAUCACGGGGCUGACGGCCCUGUUGGGAAUCAGGGAGAAGGGACACGUGGCUGCGGGUGCAAAUCAGACCAUGGUGGUGAGCGGAGCGGCCGGUGCCUGCGGCUCUUUGGCCGGCCAGAUUGGCCGACUGGAGGGCUGCUCUAGAGUGGUGGGGAUUGCUGGCACAGAUGAAAAGUGCUCCAUUUUGGUCCAAGAAAUGGGCUUUGAUGCUGCUAUCAAUUACAAGAAGGGGGAUGUGGCAAAACAGCUACGUGAACUCUGCCCAGGUGGUGUGGAUGUUUACUUUGACAAUGUUGGUGGAGACAUCAGUGAUACAGUUAUAAGUCAGAUGAAUCAGAACAGCCAUAUCAUCCUGUGUGGACAGAUUUCUCAGUAUAACAAAGACGUGCCUUAUCCCCCUCCACUGCCUCCUGACAUAGAAAAAAUACAGAAAGAAAGGAACAUCACAAGGGAAAGAUUCUUGGUGUUGAACUACAUGGACAAACAAGAAGCUAGUGUAUUACAACUCUGCCAGUGGAUCCAAGAGGGUAAACUGAAGGAUUGAACAGACCUUUUAAAAAAUGUGUAAGUAUAAUUGAAAGCUUA